UUAUAUUUUCACUUUUUUUUUCUCUUCAAUAUGGCAUCUUGUCAAAAGUCAGAUUUUGACCAGUUAUGUGAGGAAGCUGCCAUUCUUACAAGGGAACUUGAAUGCAAAGCAGCAAAUUCUGCACUUGAAGCAGCUACCAGGGAGGCUGAACAAGUUCUACAGACGUUUAACCUUCCACCAUUAAAUACACAGAAGACCAAACGUGCCUGCAGCUCCCUUCCCAAACCAGUUUCAUUCGUGGAGAGGGAUCAGUUUGGUCAUCUUGUGCCUAAACGAAGAAGGCAGAAAUCUUCCAAGGCAAACAUUUGCGAUGCUACUGUGAUCAAUAGUGCAGGUAUGUCUUCAUCUUUGGGAUCUGGGCAAAGAGACAUUGAUCAUAGUGAGUAAUAACUCCAACAAUUUUCAAAGUAACUAGCCGUGCAUGGUUAUUAUUACUAUUUUGUCAUUUGCUCCAUUGUUCUUAUUUGAAGGUCCAUCACUGUCUGCUCACACUGUUUGGGCAGCAGCGGAAAGCAUUGAAACUCUUCAUCAAGAAAUUGAGGACCUGCUAGGUGAUACUGAUCACAUUAAGUGUUCAAUUCCGACUUCCUCAAACACAUGGGCAAUUCGCAUUGAGCAGUCUAAAAAGAAGUGGGCAGCUUUAAGGCCUGAGAUGCUGGAUUCUUUAUUAUCUGCUGAAUAUACCGAGAUUAGGCAGUGCCAGCACUGCCUACUGAAGCGAUCUGUCAUACGAUGUAAAGACUGCAUUCCCAAGCAGCUAUUAUGUCCAGAGUGUGAUAUUUUGCUCCACAAAAGAAAACUUCACAACCGUGAAACUGAUGUGGAAGGAUUCUUUAGGCCCAUAUCCCCAAGUACUUUGAUUAAGAUGGAUAGCAGAGGACAAUUUCUAUUUGAAGAAAAAGGCAUGUAUAUGUUUUUUCUUUUUGUUCAUAAUCUUGAAACUUAUCGUAUAGAUUUCUGUUACAAUAAUGAUGCAGCAAUGCUAAUCAUAUUAAGGUUUGAAAUUUGUUUCCAGAUAGCCUUUUGCCCCUUGAGACACCUGAAGAAAUUUGCAACUGUUCAAUUGAUUCCAUUGUGGUGUCAGAGGGUAAAAAGGCAAUUCUCAUAGGAAUUGAUGGUCGUUACAAUGUCAGCUUGCCAGAAUUCAAAUGCUUAAAAUGUAACGUAAGCAGAACAACCAACAUUCCACUGUUGGUCCGCUCUGGAUACUGGCCUGCCACAGCAAGCUGCGAAACUAUUUACAAAAUAGAUGUCUUUGUGUCUUAUGAUCACAUGAAGCUGACUGCUCCUGGAAUGUCCAGACAGUCUUUUACCGGUUUACUGGAACAGCGGACAGAGUUCUUUGGCCGAGUAUCAAUUAAAACAUUUUCAAAAUAAUUUCUUUCUCAAUUUUGGCAGUGCAAUAUUUUCUUAUUGGGUUUAUGGUUUUUGUUGUUUUUUAGGAUGGAAAGAUCUGUGCUGAUGCAUUUCAAAGAAGCUUUUUUGAGUGGAGAUACUGUCAGUUUGAAAUUGAUCAGCUCUGUGGGCUAAAAGUGUUCGACUGUCCAGCCUGUUCUCCAUUUAUGCUAGCUGUGUCAGUAGAUGGCAACAGGAAAAUGUAUCGCUUCAAAAGAGGAGCUGAAGACCAUGGCCUGUUUAAGGGUGUCUUUGUCUGUGAGGAUGAUGAUGUUUCCAAGUUCGUGGACUACAUUAAUAAUAAAACAAAGCAUUCAUCUGGCAAAGGUGUUUGUGGAUCAAGUCAAUGGACUGCAGCACGAGAGUCUGUCCCAAUGAAAAUCAACAAGCUGGAUGAGGAGGAGAUGGAGGUAGCUGUCUGUCGGCAUGGUGUGCUCCUAAGAAGUUUGAACAUGAUGAGAGGGGAAAUAUUUGCAUAUCCCAUGUUUCUACAAAAGGAGCUGACACCACGCAAUGUGCAGUUCAUGUGCACUGAUGUAAUAUGCAAGUACUGGCCAUAUCUGCAAAGAGUAGUUAGAGACUGUCCAGAGCUGUCUCCUCUCCUGGACAUGAAGCCAUUCCUGUCAGUGAUGCAUGCAAAGGCCCACUCCUGGAAAUGUGAGAUUAAAUGGGGUGGUCGAAACCAAGAAGGAGCAGGCACCACCCUGGGCGAAGAGGUCGAACAAGUAAACAGCUUCUUGUCAAGAACUGCUAUAUGCAGUAAAUACAUGACCAAAGGAGCUAGAACAGACAUGAUUACUAUUCAGGCCAUGGCAUGGAAUAAACGCAAAAUUGAGAACCUUGCAAAAUUGUUGUCCCGAAGAUUACAAAAGACAAAAGCAAAAAUUCAGGAAGCUUCCAGAAACAUUACUGCAUUAAAGACAGAAUUGGCAAUAACAGAUGACACGCUUAAAGCCUGGAGCAAAGAAAUCCAGGAAUGGGCUGAUACAGCAACAAGUGAGGCGAACAUGGGCAGUGACCAGGGGCUCCAAAAGACGAUUGAGUCGCUUUAUGUGAGCAUCAGGCAGAGGAAGCAAGAUCUUUACCGUCAAUCAGAUGGAAACAAGAGAAGACACAAAAUCCGCAGAAAGAUUUGGGAGGAAAAAGCUAAAUUCAUUGCAGCUAUUGAUGAAUACAACAGGGCAGCACCUCAGAAAUUGCAGUCAGCUGACACAAUUCUGGCAUCAGAGGGCUAUGCAUGGCCGUGGGUCUUGGAUGAGCGUGGUAUGUCUUGCUAUCAGUUUAAAUUUUGA